AUGUACGCCGCCAGCAUCGUCGUCUUCGCCUUGAGCGCUCUGACUGCCACCGCCACCCCGGUGACUCCUUCUCCUCUCCUCUCGCUGAAGGCCUACUGCCCCGGCAAGUACUUUGUCAACCCUCAGUGCUGCUCUACCGAUCUCAAACUCGCCGCUUUCGACUGCAAGAUCCCCAGUGGUACCCCCUCCAGCCUUGAGGACUUCAAGAGCACCUGCUCUGCUGAGGAGAAGACUGCUCUGUGCUGUCUCAUCCCGCUCGGUGGUGCCGACCUUGUUUGCAAGGAGCCUCAGGACCUGUAA